UUGGGAAGAUAAAGCCCUGUCUCUUAUGACUUCAAAUCUAGAGCUGUUUCCUGACUCCCCUAGAUCCUCCUUUAGGAUAGCUUCUUUCUAUAUAGCCUUGCCCCAUAUCCAGAUUUCCCUGGACCUGAUCUUUUCCCCUUCCUUCUGGGAUGCCCCAUCAUCACCACUAAGCAAUUCCCUUUUCUGUAAUCAUUUUCAGCGUCUGAGGCCCCCUCCAUCCAGAAAUCUAUGGUCCUGUGAUCUAUCUUCAGGCUACUCAUCCUCCAGUCUAUCCUUCCCUUGGGGGGGGGGGGUGCUGGAGGGGAAUGUAAAUAUUAGGAUGUUCCUCCCAGUGCUGAGUCUCCUGCCAUCUACAAUAACAGGUUCAUAGGUCUCAAGCUGAAAGUGGACCUCAGAGGACAUCUAGUUUGAGCCCCUGACUUUAUAGAUGAGGAAACUGAGAACACCUCUUUGGUGUUCAUCGACACACAGGUCAAAAGCAUCAGAAGCAGGAUGUGAACCCUGGCCUUGUAAGUCCCCAGCUAGGGCUCUUUCUACCAUGCCAUGAUGAUUAGGGACUGCUUUCCCCAAGGGGACCCCUCUGAGUGUCCCUGAGGAGAAACAUGGGUCUCUAGAAACAAGACCCAGUGCAAUAUGGAGGAGGAUCUCCCUUUGGAAGGGGGGAGGGAAUAGAAUCCCUGAGUUCUACCCAUUGUGACAACUCUUGUCUCACAAGUCACCAUCCCUGCCUACCACCUGGGAUGCAGCUGUAGGGAGCCUAGCCUAGAAAAAGGAACCCCAAAUGAGUCACCUUUCUUCACCCCUUCAAAAACACAAGGGGGCUUCUAAAAACCAAGGCUUAUUGACAGUUCCAGAAAGGUGGGUCUGGUUUGUGGGAGAAGAACAGGGCUGACCUGGGAGCUCAGUGGGGAAGAAAGGGGGAACUUAAUAUGGGGAGGGGUUUAGGAGUACAGUGUUGGCUAUUUCCUAGCCCUGAUUGGUUGUUCCCUCCCUGCACCUCCCACAUGUAUUCUUCACUCUUUCCUCACUGAUGGGUACUUUGGUCAGGGGAACAUCAGCGAGUGGUCCUAUUGCUAUGGCCACGGGAGCUAAGGAUCAUCGACAAAGCCAUAACCAGACCCAGCUUCAGGCACCCAACCGUCUGAUCCAUGAGAAGUCGCCUUAUCUACUACAACAUGCCUACAACCCUGUGGACUGGUUCCCAUGGGGACAAGAAGCUUUUGAUAAAGCCAAGAAUGAAAAUAAACCAAUUUUUCUUUCAGUUGGCUAUUCAACUUGUCACUGGUGUCAUGUGAUGGAGGAGGAAUCAUUUCGGAAUAAGGAGAUUGGACAGAUACUCAGUGAGGACUUUGUGAGUGUGAAGGUGGAUCGAGAAGAGCGUCCUGACGUGGACAAAGUGUACAUGACCUUUGUGCAGGCUACCAGCAGUGGUGGGGGCUGGCCCAUGAAUGUGUGGCUGACCCCUGACCUCCAGCCAUUUGUGGGGGGGACAUAUUUCCCCCCUGAGGAUGGACUAACACGCGUCGGUUUCCGAACUGUCCUCCUGAGGAUUCGUGAUCAGUGGAAACAAAACAAGGCAAUGCUAUUAGAAAACAGUCAACGGGUCACAGCCUCCCUGUUGGCCAGGUCUGAGAUCACCGUGGGUGACCGAGAGCUACCCCCCUCUGCCUCAGCAGUCAGCAAACGAUGCUUCCAGCAGCUAGAAGAGGUCUAUGAUGAAGAACACGGUGGUUUUGCAGAGGCCCCCAAAUUCCCCACACCUGUCAUCUUAAGCUUCCUGUUCUCUUAUUGGGCCACUCAUCGAAUGACCUCUGAUGGUUUUCGAGCCCAGCAAAUGGCCAUGCACUCGCUGAAAAUGAUGGCAAAUGGGGGCAUCCGGGACCAUGUGGGGCAGGGUUUCCACCGCUACUCUACUGACCGUCAGUGGCACAUCCCUCACUUUGAGAAGAUGCUUUAUGACCAGGCUCAGCUGGCAGUAGCCUACACACAGGCCUUCCAGAUCUCUGGAGAUGAAUUAUUUUCUGAUGUUGCCAAAGGCAUCCUACAGUAUGUAACCCAGAACCUGAGCCACCCGUCUGGAGGCUUCUACAGUGCAGAGGAUGCAGAUUCUGUGCCUGAGGGUGAGGUGAAGCCCAAGGAGGGAGCUUAUUACCUGUGGACAGUGAAUGAGAUCAAAGACCUACUUCCAGAUCCUGUGGAAGGCGCUACUGAGCCGUUGACUCUUGGGCAACUUGUCAUGAAGCAUUAUGGGGUUACAGAGACAGGCAACAUCGGAAGCACCCAGGACCCCCAAGGAGAGUUGCAGGGCCAGAACGUGCUGACGGUGAGGUAUUCGAUGGAUCUCACUGCUGCUCGCUUUGGUCUGGAAGCGGAAACUGUGCGGACGCUGCUAGAUACUGGGCGUGAGAAGCUGAUACAGAUCCGAAAACGUCGGUCUCGGCCCCGAUUGGAUAUCAAGAUGCUUUCUGCCUGGAAUGGAUUGAUGGUAUCUGGCUUUGCAGUAGCAGGGGCUGUCCUGGGCAAAGAGGAGCUGAUCAGCCAGGCCAUCGAUGGGGCCAAGUUUUUGAAAAGACACCUGUUUGACGUCAGUAGCGGGCGACUUCUUCGGGGAUGCUAUGCAGUCGUUGGGGGAAUUGUGGAGCAGAAUUCCUCACAGUUCUGGGGCUUUCUAGAAGACUACGCCUUUGUGAUCCGAGGUCUGCUGGACUUGUACGAAGCCACCAGGGAAUCUGCAUGGCUGGAGUGGGCACUGAGGUUGCAGGAUAUGCAGGAUAAACUCUUCUGGGACGCCCAAGGAGGUGGCUAUUUCUGCAGCGAGGCUGAACUGGGGAUCAACCUCCCCCUUCGACUCAAAGACGAUCAAGAUGGCUCAGAGCCCAGUGCUAACUCGGUGUCUGCUCACAACCUACUGCGGAUUCAUGGCUACACUGGCAGAAGGGACUGGAUGGACAAGUGUGUCAAGCUGCUGACUGCUUUUUCCAAUCGGCUUCGGAGGGUCCCUGUGGCACUGCCGGAGAUGGUUCGGGCCCUGAGCAUCCAGCAGCAGACAAUGAAGCAGAUUGUCAUCUGUGGAAACCCCCAGAGUCAAGACUCCAAGGCUUUGAUCGACUGUGUCCAUUCAAUCUAUGUGCCCAACAAAGUGCUAAUCCUCUAUGAUGGAGAGCCUUCCAGCUUCCUUGCCCGACAGUUGCCAUUCCUGACCAGGCUUCAGAAGGUAGAGAAUCAGGCCACCGCAUACAUAUGUGAAAAUCAGGCUUACUCCUUGCCUGUCACAGACCCUGCUGAACUUCGAAAACUGUUGCUCCUGUGACUGACUGGUCUCUGAUCGUGGGUCCUUUGAGCAUCCAGACUAUAGAUGAACCCAGAAGGAGGGGGCAGUCCAAAGUGGGGCACUAGCUCAACAAGGAGCCCUGCAUCAUCUAUUAACUCAUGGUGACCUCACAGGGUCAUGGGUGAUUUUCUCUACUGAUCCCCCCUACCCCACUGACCCUAAGGUGACCCCAUGGACUCUAUGGAAUAAACCCCUGGGCCCCAACAGUUUUCUGCAGUGACCUUGAAGGCAAUUUGGUGAACUUCUCUUGUGGGAAGAGGAGGAGGGAGGGAGUAGAUUAGAAUCCUAGUCCCUGCCCCUAAGAGAACGGGGAAAUUUCAAAUCUAUUGCCCCACUAUCCCAACCCAUGGGGGUGAAGCUCCUGUGUUUAUUAUACUCCACAUACUCAUAUACUUACCCUACCGCUUCUCCUUCCUCUUCAAAUCUGCCUCCUUUAGUUAUCCAUCCAUCCAUUCAUCCAGUCACAGAAUAACAAGGUUGAAAGGGACCCCAGAGGUUAUAGGAUUCAGAACUAGAUGGGACCUAAUCCAUUCAAGUAGCCAAGUGAUAGGGAAUUCCCUGAGCUCCUGAGGUAGCCCUUUCCCUUUGGGGGAAUCUCUGAUUACUAGGAGGUUUUUCCUUUUAUCAAGCAGAGAUCUCUGACCUCCAAUAACUCCUUCGCAGUGCCCUUGGUUCUGACUUCUGAGGCCAAGAAGAAGGCCCCUAGAGCCUCUUCCAUUCCUGUCUGAUGCUUACCAACACCUACUGUGGUUACAAGUUGGGGGAAACAGAGGUUUGGUGGGCAAAGCCCAGCUCAGCCCAGGGAGGAUGACAAGAUCAAUAGAGGUAGGAUGAAGACCCAGGUGUCCGAGGUCCUGGACCUUAUACUCUGUAAACUCAGAUAGAGCCUGGGCACCAUAGCACAGUGCAUGAAACACACACUGAAUUUGAUGUCAGAAGAUUUGUGUUCAAAUAUUAAUUCUGCCACUUACUAUAUGUGUAACUUUGGCCAAGUUCCCUGACCUCUCUUACCUUCCAUUUCCUUAUCUGUAAGACAAAGGGGCUGGAGUAGAUAGCCUCUGGUGGCCCUUUCAACUCCAAAGUUAUAAUCCUAUGAUCAAGGAACCCAGCAAGGGAGGGGUUAAAGGAAAAAGUAUCUCCCCCUUUCAGCCUUCCUCCUAUCACCAUCACCAUCACCACAAACACUAGGCUAGGAAGGAAGAAGGGAUGAGAAGCUUGUUCUGUUCGAUUUCACAUUAGAACUGACUGGGGGUAGAGGGGAGGUCCUUGAGUGGGGAUGACCUUAAUCGUCUACCCUGUGGAGCAGAGCCUCUCUCCUUUUCAUUCUUAGAUUACUCUCUCAUGAGUGGAGUCUUGGCUUUGAACUCAGGGUAGCUGGAAGGGGAGGGGUAAGUGAUAGAAUGAGACGAAAAGGGGAAGGACAAAGGGAUAUGUGGCUCUGGGGAACUCUAUCUGUAAUCCUUCCAGCAAGUCCCUUUUCCCCUUCUUUCUUCAUUCUGUCCUCUUGUGGACCUAAGAAGGUGGAGUUCCCUUUUUAACAUAUUUCUCUUCUUUCUGACCCAAGCCUUCAGUGACCAUUGAUUAAGAAACUGUAUGGGGGUUAGGUAAAGGACCCAGAGAGUAGAGAGGGAAGGAGAACUUGGCUCUUAUCCAAGGAAAAGGCUCAUAAGCCUUCAGUGAGGGGUUUAGGAAGGUAAUCUGGGCCUAACCUCCCAUUUCUUUGUAGUUGGAUGAAUUGGAGAGAGGGGAAGAAUAAGAUAUCCUUAUAGAACCCUUUAUUUAAAAAAAAACAACCUGAAUGACAAUCUCAUUUGCAUGUGGUUUGGUGCAUUAUGGGAAGUGUCCAAAUCCUUUCAAGCUGCUGGAAAGGAGGAAUCUUAAUGAGCUCAGUAACCAACAUGUUUC